CUGCAUCACAGAGAGAACUGGAGCCGCCUCAUCCUGCCUUCUCCCACGGUCUGCUCAAAGCUGAGGAAAUAACUGCUUGACAAAAUGUGCAAAGGAUUAGCUGCCUUGCCACACACAUGUCUGGAGAGAGCAAAGGAGAUCAAGACCAAGUUGGGCACACUUCUCCAGAAGCCUGACUCGGCUAUUGACCUGAUCAUCCCAUACCCAGAGAAGCCGGAGAAGCCAGCCAAGACCCAGAAGACCUCGCCAGAUGAGGCUUUGCAGUGGUGUGAGUCCCUGGAGAAGCUCCUGCAAAAUUCUUAUGGGCUUGCCAGCUUCAGGAGCUUCCUUAGAUCUGAGUUCAGUGAGGAGAACAUUGAGUUUUGGAUUGCCUGUGAAGAAUACAAGAAAAUCAAGUCCCCCACCAAGAUGGCUGAGAAGGCCAAGAAAAUUUAUGAGGAGUUCAUCCAGACGGAGGCACCUAAAGAGGUGAAUAUCGACCACUGCACCAAAGCUGUGACCAUGAAGAACUUGGUGGAGCCAUCAGUGAGCAGCUUCAAUGAGGCUCAGAAGAGGAUCUUUGCCCUGAUGGAGAAGGACUCCCUCCCCAGAUUUGUGCGGUCAGGGUUUUAUCAAGAGUUAAUCAAGUAGCAAUGUAGCAAGCCUGUGCACUGCAUCCCCUGCUAGGCACUCAUUGUGAGCCAUGCCUCUUUCCAAAUCUCACCUUUAGUCUGUAGCUGCUUUGCCUUAAAGAUACCAAACUGAGAAAGCACUCAACUGCAUUUCUAAACUCCUUCCACAUUGCUUUGGACUCUCUCCUAUGUGCCAAGUGUCUCCUUUUCUACAGUCUCUUUCCCUGCUCCCUUCCCAAGAUCCCUGUUAUGAAAAAGCCCUAGUGAUUUUAUCCAUUGGUCUUAGACUGCA